AAUUCGAGUGCUUACGUUUCUUCCAGUUGCCUUGUACUUAGGGUAUCUUACGCGUAAUAAUAUAGUCUUAGAAAUGGGGGACCGAUACAAUAUUCAUACCCAGUUGGAACAUUUGCAGUCAAAAUACGUUGGUACAGGCCAUGCUGAUACAACUAAAUGGGAAUGGUUAACAAAUCAGCAUAGAGAUAGUUGUGCAUCUUAUUUGGGUCAUUUCGACUUGUUAAACUUGUUUGCUAUCUGCGAAAAUGAGUGUAAAGCAAGAGUUCGGUUCAACCUACUCGAGAAAAUGCUUCAGCCAUGUGGACCUCCUCCAGAACGUCCUGAGACAUAGUUUAUUUUUUACUUCAGAUAUUCCGCAGUCGAUUACACAUAGCUUGCAUAUUCUAUUAGAAUAUAACAUCCGAAAUUUCAUUUUUAUAUGAUGAACUCAGUCGACUGAUGUAAAUAUAUGAAAGUCUAAAUCAU